CCACCGCGAAAUCUCCGCAGCUAACGCGACCUGGAGCUUGGCUGUGUGAGCUGCACGUGAAUGAGCUUCUCAUGAAUGAGCUUCUCGCCACCACAAGUGCGCCAUCCCUCAGUUUGCACGCCCUCCUACCCCACGAGCAGAAUAGUUGACUUAGGAAGCUACAGCGGGGUCAUGGUUUUCGUUGCUCACGGAUAGCCGACUAACUUGCCAUGCUCGAUUGGAUAUCGCAGGCGGAUUUGGAAGAAUCGAUCCGCUGGUAGCGCUACGCCGUGUCUCAAGUUUGCAGCAAGCCGCAUCCGAAUGUUGCUCCGUCGAAUCCGAAUCCUAGACGUCUUUAGUAGCUUUAGAAGCAGGCGUCAAUGACCAGUAAUGCGGUUAGCUACCUCUACAUGCCACCACCCUUGUACCACACCACACUCGCGCAAUACGCCACACUCCACACGCGCUUCACCCUUCUCGUUAACCGUUCUUUAUUCCAGCCGGUCAGAGAAUCGCAACCGUUUCUCUUGAAUCACGACAGCCGUUGCCAUCCAUCUCGGCCUCUGGAGCCGCCAUCGCUGCGCCUUUCUCCCUCCCGCGGUUCGCUCGACCGCCAUCUCUGCGCGCGGAUCCAGCCCUUGUUCGAGCAAGCUCCACAGGAGUAGUAGCGUCAGGCAACCCUCGUCCAUGCACACACGCCAUUCGCUCUCGCGCCAGCCCUUGCUGCUGCGAAGCGAUCGCUAAGUCGUCUGCUGCGGCGCCCUCCGUCGGUGAACCCUCGUAGGAUCCCUCUCCUGUUGAGAGCCAAUCAGCAUUCUCGCUUCCGCCAUCCGACGCCGGGGCAAACAGUUUUAUCGUCCGGGAAACGCGGCGGAGGAUGCGGGAGGAGGAGAGUUCCGGGUGUGGCCCCGCGGAUGGCGCAAUGGGAUCGGGUGGCCCCGCGAGCCCCACGGCGGGAUCGUGCCGACGGCGGGAAGAGAGAGAUGUGGAGAUGAGUGGAGGCGACGCCGCUGCGGCCCCUGCUCCCUUGGUGAAACGCGCUCGACUCUCACAUGCGACGGAUGCUGCUACUCCUGCUGCUGCUGCUCCUGCCGCUACUCCGUCCGCUACGCGCUCGACUCACACAUGCGACGGCGACGACGGCGAUGGCGAUGGCGGCGAUGGCGGCGAUCUGAGCGAGGCGGCUCGUCUGCUGCUCGCCGUUAGCGGGCAAGGCGAGGAGGGAGAGGAGACGGCAGAGGAGGCGGCAGCGGAGACGGCAGCGGAGGCGGCAGCGGAGGCAGAAGGGGGAAACGCGGGGGGGAUUUGCGCGGCUGGCGGAGAGGAGAAUGCGGAGGGGAGAGCAGAGGCGCGGGCGGGAGAGAGGCGCAGGGAGAAGGAGAGGGAGAAGGGGAGAGACAAGGGGAAGAAGGAGAAGAGAAAGGAGCGGGACAAAGGGAAAGACAAGGAUAAGGAGAGGAAGAAGGAUAAGGGGGAUCGGAAGGAGAAGAGGAAGGAGAAGGAGAAGGCGAGCAAGAGGAGCGGCCUAGAAGCGGGUGUGGCUGUGGCCGUCGGUGCGCGUGGGUUGUCUUCUUCGGCGUUCCCCGCCAUGAUGCCGCCGCCAGCGAAGCGGUUGCACACGGCGGGACCAGGGUCUCGGCCCGGCAAGGCGACCUCGCAGCUGGCGGGCGGAGGCCUCGUUAUAGUGAGCUUCAACAUGAGCGCAACAGCAGCGGCGGCAGCGGCAGGAGCAGGGGCGAGGAGGGCGCGGGCGGCAUUGCAGUGGUUGUGCGCGGAGGGCGACGACUGGCAGUGGGCGGACGCGGAGAGCGCACCGCAGACAGCAGGGUCCAGCAACACCAGGUAUCUCCUCCAUUGCGCCUCUCCCGGCUGCGCAGCCACCAAGUCCUGUGAGCGCCUGGCACCGACUAGCACUUCGCCGCACCACUCCGACUGGCCUCUGCUCGCUGCUGUGGUCUACCAUGGGUCGCACAACCACCCCCGCCCUCCCGCCCGUGCGUCGCCCACCGCUGCUCCCGUUGCUUCCUCCUCAUCUGCCGCUUCGCUCCGUUCUGCUCCCCGGCGGUCUGCUGCUUCUCCGUCUUCCGCCCACGGGCCGUCGGCGCCUGCUGCCUCGUCGUGCCUGCUGGACCUCAACGCGUCUCCGGUGCCCGAGCAGGCCGCUGAUACUGCUGCCUCUGCUGCUGCUGGCGGUGCUGGUGCUGCCGGUCCUGCUGGUGCUGCCAGUGCUGCUGGUGCUGCCGGUGCUGCCUCUGUGGCGAAUGGCAAGGAGCUAAACAAAAUCGAAGGGCAGGGACGAGAGGAUGCGGGGGAGGAGGAAGAGGAGGAAGAUGAAUGGUUUCUGGACGAGAGCGCACGGAAGGGGAGGGUGGCGUGGGCGGCGGGGGACGGGCCAGGGUGCAAGCUGCUGCAGCUGGUGUCGCGGCUGCGGUUUGAGAUGGUGAGCGGGGCGAGUGAGGCGGCAUGGCGGGAGACGCUGGAGGAUGAGGUGGACGAGGGCGGAGUGCUCGCAGACCUCGCUAAUGCCCUCGAUCGAUGCCUCUCUGCCGCCGCUGCCUCUGCCGCCGCCGCCGCUGGUGGUGGUGGUGGUGGUGAUGAUAGUGGUGGUGCCGGUGGUGCCGCCGCUGCUGCUUCUCCUGCUGGUACUGCCGCCGCGCCUGUACCUGUGGCCGCUGCUUCCCCCUCUGUUCCGCUGCCUCGUCCCCCCCCCGUGCGCGCAACAGACGCCUUCUGGGCGCUCCUGCACAGCCUGCUGGACGCCCUCUGCAGCAUGGCCUCGCGCCUCCCCCGCCCCUCCGCCACCAGGGGCGCGCGGAGCAGGGCGCAGUGGGAGAAGGGCGCGCUGGGGGAAGGCGGGGAGGGGAGUGCGCAGAGGGGAAAGGAGGUGGUGGGCGGAAAGGUGGAAAUGGUUGUUACAGGGGGGAAGAAGACGGAGGAGAAGGAAGUGGAGAAGGAAGAGGAGAAGAGGAGUGGUGGUGGUACGAGGGAGGCAGCGGAUGGGAGUGUGGUGGAUGGCACUGGCAGCACCGCCCAAGCGCGCCAUCCUUCCAGUGUCAAGCGACCGUUGCAGGAGCGGCAACUUCAGCUGCAGCCAGAGCAGCCAGAGCAGCCAGAGCAGCCAGAGCAGCAGCAUCCACAGCAGCAGCGGUUACAGCAGGCAGAGCAGCAGGCAGAGCAGCAGGCAGAGCAGCAGGCAGAGGCGCAGGCAGAGGCGCAGGCAGUGGUGCCGUCAUGCCUGCACGGAGCACAAGGCGAUGCACUGGAGGAGGUGGCAGCAAGGGCGGAUGGCGCAGUGGCGGCAGGCGAAGUCGCCAAGGCUGCGGCGAAAGCGGAGGAGGAGGCGGAGGAAGCGGAGGAUGUGGAGGCUGGGAAGGUAGUGGAGAAGGGAGAGGAAGAGACUGGACGCAAGCUGUUGCUGCUCCGUGGCACCUGCUUGCCUCCUGCUGCCGCUCCUGCACCUGCUGGUGUUGGUACUGGUGCUGGUGCUGAUGCUGCUGCUUCUGCUUGUGUUGCUGGUGCCAUUUCCGCUGCUGCUGCUCUAGACGCAGUGUUUCCAUCCCUUGCUUAUGGCGGCUCAAGUCCUACUGCUGCUGUCUCUCCCACUUCUCGCCUCAACUCUGUGCCAAGGCUUGAAGCUGACGCCACUUCUCCUGCUGUUCCUACUGCCCCUGCUGCUGCUGAGGAGAGCACUUGGCGCCGUACUACCACCAGCGACGGUGCCAAAGCCAGCACCAUGCAGCCACCACCUGCCACAUCAGCACACGCUGCCACGUCACCACACAGCGCGAUGUCAUUGCGAGCAGCACUCUCAGCAAGGCCCAUCGGCACUGCUGGUGCUGGCGAUGCCAGUACUGCAGGCAUUGCUGCCGCUGUUACCGCUGCCGCUGCCGCUGCUGCUGCUUCUGGCGCUGGCGCUGGCGCUGGUGGCGCUGCUGCUGCUGUGGGGCCAGAACGGACGGCUGCUCUGCCACAUCCCUCCCCUCUGGUCCUCAUGCUGCAACAAGUGCUGGUCUCGCAACGCUCAUCCCUGCAGCAACAACGCACCCAGCACAGCCAGCAGCAUCAGCCGCAUGAGAGGCAGAGUGAGAGAGACCAGCAGGGCUUGCAGCAGCAGCAAAGGCCCUCCCUCUUACAACAAGGAGACGUGAUGCACUUGCCCUGGCAACACGUGCCACAGCCGCCACAGCCGCCACAGCCGCCACAGCCGCCACAGCCGCCACAGCCGCCACAGCCGCCACAGCUGCCACAGCCGCCACAGCCGCCACAGCCGCCACAGGCGUCACAGCUGCCACAGCUGCUACAAUCAGCGGCUGUGGCAGCUGCGCCACAGCCGCCAAUUGCAGCAGUGCCAGCUGCGCUGCAGCAACAGCAGCAGCUGCGACAGCAGCCCAAUAGCGGGCAGCUGCAUCUGCAUCUGCUGCAGUUUUGGCAACAGCAGCAGCAGCAGCAUGAGGAACAGGGAGCCGCUGGAACUGCAGCAGCAGCAAGUGCCGGUGCCAGCACUGGCACCCGCGAUUGGCUGUGCGAGGAUACCCGAGCCGGUUGGGAAGGAGGGGGAGGAGGCGUUAAAGAGGAGGUGACUGGAGACGAGGUGGAUGGUGGUGGGGAAGGGGAAGAAGGGGAAAGGGGAGAAGGGGAAGGGGGAUCGGAAGAAGUGGAAGGCAAAAGGGAAGUGGUUGCAGGACCAGCAAGGGACAACACUAGUCUGCUGCACAGCCUAGGAGGAAGGUCAGGAAACGAUGCAGUGAGUCUUGAUACCGCUGCGCCGGUUGCUGUUCCUGUGACUACUGCCACUGCUGCUGGCAGCGGUAGUGGCACCAAUAGGAGCCGCUCAGCAGCAACACCAGCCGCAACAACACCCACAAAAACAGCAGCAGCAACAACGGCAGCGGCAGCAGCAGCAGCAGCAGCGGUAGCAGCAGGCAGCAAGGAGCGGGUACCUCGGGUGCGCAAGUACGAGGAGUGUGGGGCGUGCGGCAAGCUGCCUCGAGGGGCGCUCAAGCUCGUGCACGACCUCUCCGCCUCCUCCGCCGCCUCCCGCCGCCUCGUCGGCUUCUGCCGCUGCGCCAAGCGUCCCAUUCGUGCUGGGCGCAACAUUCUUGGGCUCAUGCCCGUGUGCACUGACAACAGUGAGGGGGAGCCGCACUCGCAUGCCCUGCACCAACAGCAAAACCAAAACCAACACCAGCAGCAGAGCCAGGAUGCAAGCAGCCCCACAGCUGCUGGCGGGAGUGCGAGCAGCAGCAGUGGAGCCGCAGCAGCCGCAGCCGCAGCAGCAGCAGCAGCAGCCACAGCAGCUGUGUCGUCCCGGCACCUGCAUCCGGACGGGUGGUCGUGGCGCAAGUAUGGCGAGAAGGCCAUCUGUGGCGUGCAGCCGGGCAUGCGCGGCAGAGAGUACUUCAAGUGCACGGUGGGCAGCUGCACGGCUCGCAAGUUCUCUCACCGCCUCUCUCUCCUGCCCGCCUUUGCUGUGGCAUGGUACGAAGGCCAGCACAACCACGACCCUGCCAUCGCCCCUCCCACUUCUGCCACCACCACCACCACCACCGCCGCCACCACCACCGCCACUGCGGAUAUACGCAUACGCCCUUCUGCCGCUGUUACUUCUUCUGCUGCUGCUGCUGCUGCGGCUGUGGAAGGAUGUGCGUCUGCCACCUGGCAGGGUGAGCUGCGGGGGCUCACCUGGCAGGUGGAGGUUUCACCUGAGCAUUCACCUGACGCCCUGGUUGCCAUGGCAGCUGACGCGCUGGACAAGGCCACAGGCAGACACGUGGCAGCUGCUGAUUUGCCGGAGGUUGCUGCGAUGGCAGUGCGGGUGGUGCGGGCAAACAAGGCUGCUGUGAGCAAAAAGGGGAAGGUGGAUGGGGGGAGAAGAUUCGGAGGAGGGGGAGGAGGGGGAGGAGGAGCAGCAGGAAGGGCUGAAGACUUUAGUGCUGGGGAGAGGAGGGAGGUGGAGGUGGGUAAGGUGAAGAGUGUGGGCGAUCUAAAUCAGAGGGAGGGGGGAGCCACUGUCAGUGCGCUGGGAAGAGAGGACGGCGCGCAGGAUGGGCGUGACUGGAGCAGGCUGUUCCCGGUGAAGGCUAAAUUUAGCCAGCCCCAUGCAGCUCCUGGUGGUGACAGUGCUGCUGCUGCUGCUGCUGGUGCAAGUGCUGGUGAUGGCCUUGUUGCUGCUGGAAGGGUGACGAAUGCUCGCUCAAGUGGUACCAGCAGCACCAGCAGUGCUUCUGCUGCCAAAGCCACCAUUGGAACGAAGGCCAGUAUUUCGGUGGCAGUGCGGCGACUGGCAGCGUCACCUGCCGCAACAGCAGCUGCACCGUUUCGCCUUCCGGCUGCUGCUCCCUCCAACCCCGACACUCUCCCUGCAGCUACAGCUGCCCCUGCUGCUGCUGCUGCUCCUGCUGGUGUUGCUGCCGCUGCUGCUGCCACUGCUGCUGCACCGCCUGCUGCUGUUGCAGGAGCUGCAGCCUGCGCUACAGCAGGGGGGGCAGAGGGAAGAAUGAGAACCAUGGAAUCUGGGAGCACGAGAGCAUUGACAGCACCGGACAGCCUGGCUGUGUGGCUAGCGUCUUUCACCAGCACCGCCAGCACCGCUGCAUCAUCUGCAUCUCCUGCAUUUCCUGCUGCGGCCAAGGGAGCUUCAGGCAGCCCUGCGCCUGACACUGGCGUGCCUGGCUGCCCUGUUAGCCUUGCCAGCCAUGCAAGCCUUGCCAGCAGUGUCCAGAUCGGUGCUGUGGGCCGUGGUGUGGCAGGGGGGGGAGGCGCAAGCGUUCUGGGGGACUCGCCAGGGGGGGUGCAAGGGGAGGUGCAAGGAAUCAUGAGUGGGGAUGCGGCCAUGGCGAAUGGAGCGACGAUGGCGUGGUUGGUGAGCAGGCUUGCUGGCAUGGGUGCGGGCAGGGCUGCUCCUGCACUAUUGCGCCCUCCUCCUCCUGCUCCUCCUCCUCUUGUUCCUGCUCCUGCUCCUGCUGUUUCCCCCGCUCCUUUCCCUUUUCCUGCUCCCGCGUCUGCUCCUGCUGCUGCCACUUCUCUCAGCUGUGCCAAUACGGGCACCUAUACUGAUGCUGUGGCUCUGCGGCUUGCAGCAGCAGCUGCUGCUGUUGCGGUUGCAGCAGGAGCAGGGACCACAAUGCCAGCACCAACCCUACCAACCCUGCCAACUGCAUCCGCCGCACCAACCGUACCACCAACCCCUGCAGCACCAGUGCCUGCUCCUGCUCCCUGUGCUGCCUUCACCCCUGAGUCACCCACUCCCACUCUCCCGUCCUGUGCGCCUCUCCCGCCUCCCCCGUCACCAGCAGCAAUCGCAGCCCUGGCUGCCGCCACAUGCGCUCUCAAGAUGCUGCCGCACCAGCAGUUGCAGCAGCUCGGACGGCUGGCACAGCCAGCACAGGUGGGACAGCUCGCACAAAUAGGGCAGCAAGCACAUCAAGCACAGGUGGCACAGGUGGCACAGGUGGGGCAGAAGGGGGGUCCGUUCCACCAACAGCAGUGUGACUUGCUGCGACAGCACAGCUUGUUGCAGCAGCACAAGGCGCUUCCACAGCGCGAGAUGGGCGAGGUUCGGAUGGGCGAUAGCAGGCAUGUAAUGACACUUGAGUCACCUCAACAGUCGACUCAAAGUUCACUUCCACAGCACGAGAUGGGCAAUGGCUGGAGGAAAGAUGGCAGUCAAGUACUGCCUACCCGGCGUGUUGCAGCGAGGGCAGAGCAGCAGGAGUGUUUUGGAAGGCAUCCAACUGCUCACCACUCAAGCAUCGCCUUCGGAGCCCCACUGGACCGUGAGGUGGGCUUUGAGACGGAGGGACAAACGGAGCCACGCAUGCAAGCAUCCCCGCUCGGUGCGUCUGGUGUGGCGAUGGGCAAGAGGGGAGAGUGGCUUGCUCUGAGCCUUGGGAAAGCCGCAGAGGAGACAGGCGCGGAGGAGGGGAGGGAGGGGGGAGAGCAAGAGGGGAGAGCAGGUGGGGGAGCACCAAGGGGGUUGGUGGAUUUGUCUCUUGAGUUGGGUGUGUGUAGAGGGGCCGGGAUAGCUGGUGUUGCUGCUGCUGGUGCUGCUGGGUUUGGUGCUACGGCUGCUUCUGGUGCGGUUGGUGAUGGGGUUUUGGAUUUUGCAGUGAGAGGGAGCGCAGGAGGGUGGAGUGGAGAAGGUGGGCUAGCAGGGGUAGUGGGCAUGGGAGGGUGUGUUGGGGGGUGGCUGGGAGACUUCAGCUGGAUAGAGAGGGCUGUCCAGAGGGAGAGCGAGAAGAGAGGAGGGUUGUGAGGGAGGGAGAGCAACUUGGCAAUGUGCAGCAGGGGGGGUAGUUAAUAGAAGCUCUGCAGUCAAUCUAUGGUGGCUAUGCCGCAGAACCAGCAGCAGAACCAGCAGCAAAAUCAACAGCAGAACCAGCAGCAGAACCAGCAGCUGCAGGAGUAACAGAAAGGGACCGCCCGGUGUAAUCCUGCCAAAGCCAGGUGAAGAGGAAGCUUGUCUGCUGUCAAAGGGAAUAAGCUGGCAAGCAGGCAUGGUGAUAGGAUAGGACGCCCACAGGUCUUGCUGUAAUGUAAUGUGAUGUAAAGCCUAGUUGCUGUAGGUACCGUCCUUAUGUCAUCCAUGUAGUCGUGUAGCCACUUUUCAUUAAGUCUCCCUAAUGAAUUGCACAAAACACC